CCCUCUUCUUUGCUAUUACUUUGGCUCAGAUCUGGAAGUUUAAAAAGAAGUUGUUAUUUAGGCAUGAUAUGUCAGUUUCAGUUGCUGCCGUUUGUCCCUGCAGUGCAGCUGGAGAAAUGGGCGGAGUCAGCAGAAGCGGCUCCUCCUCUCAUCUUUUUUUCUACCUAUUUUUAUUGUUUUAUGUUUGAAGUGACAUUGUGAUCGGUCAUAUGUUUGACGUGUAACUUGUGUUUCAGUGACUGAAAUACUUGUUGUUAUUUUUUAUUUUAUUUUUUUAUUUUAUUUUAUUUUUUUUAUGCCAGAAUCCAUGGUUGCCAUGGGUUACAUUCAAUGACAAAAUAUAUCAACGGCGGGCCUGAAAAACUGCCGGUGAAUAAUGGUGUGUGUAUGAGGGGGGUUAUUAUCAUUAUUAUGGUUGUUGUUAUUGUUGUUGUUAGCCUUUUUUUGUCACAGUUUGUCACAGCAGAUCAUGAGAAUGAGAGUCUUCUUUUCCAAGUGGUAACCAGUGUGUUACAGGUAGCCAUGUUAGAGCCAGCAGUACACACAGCCUUUAUGGGCAGGUGUGUUACCUGUGGCUCUGUCAGGAAGUACUUCUCUGCUAGGUCUCUGCUGCCACGGCACACCGACGCAGACACGAUGAACCCGACGACGGUGGAGAUGAUAAAACAGUUCGCGUCGUUUUGUCCACUAGUAUUCUGAGAUUCGCCUUUUGUCAGCGUGUGUGUGUGUUUUUUUUUUUGUCUGCAGUGGAGUUUUUAGUGGCAGACGGAGGGAAGUGCUUCCUGAUAACGAGGAGGUGCGUCUUAUUUCCAUUCCAGUGAUUGACUGCGCACGGCUUUCACCGCCGGAGCUGGGGGCACUGACGCAUUGUGGAGUCGACAGGGGGUAGAACUGCAACCCCGGCUUCGCUACACAUCGGAGGCAUCUAUCGGCGGAGCAGCGAUGGCCUUGGUGCAGCUCGAAACCGGGGAAUAUCAACCGGAGAACGGCUUCGUGUCCCCCGAAACCACGUCGCCGGGGCUGCUGACACGCAUCGACGGGUGCGUUCUGCCGUUCCUCGGGGGAUUUGGGAAGUACCAGAAACAGCUGAUCGUGCUGACAUGGAUUCCGGCGUUGUUCAUUGGAUUCAGCCAGUACUCCGACUAUGUCCUCCUCGCCCAGCCGAACAACACAUGUGUCCAGCCUUUGGCGAACAUGACUAGUAACACUUCAGCCGAUUCCUUCUUUUUAGACAGUUCAAAAAACACGAGCGCCUUGAAUGAGAGCUUGCGGUGUAGCUGCAGUGAGUGGACGUUCGAGCUGCACACGGGACUUGUGCAGAACGUGGUUACUAAGUGGAGUUUGGUGUGUGACUCGGCCAGUAAAGUCCAUAUUGCAAAGUUUUCCCUGUUGGUGGGCUCCAUCUUUGGGUACCUGGUGUUUGGGAUACUCGCUGACUGGUUUGGUCGCCACCCAGUGCUGAUCAUAUCGGUGCUGUUCAUGCUGGUGUUUGGACUCAGCGUGGCUUUCUCCGUCAACGUCCCCAUGUUCAGCACCUUGCGUUUCUUUGAGGGCUUCUGCCUUGCAGGGAUCACGCUCUCACUCUACGUCCUCAGGAUCGAGCUGUGCCUGCCAGGAUGGCGCUUUUCCAUGACCAUGGUGGCCAGCUUCGUGGUUUUGGGUGGUCAGCUGCUCAUGCCCGGCUUGGCGUACCUGUGUCGUGACUGGCAGGUACUUCAAGCUGUCAUCAUCUGUCCCCUGCUGCUCAUGCUGUCCUACAUUUGGAUCUUCCCUGAGUCACUGCGCUGGCUGCUGGCCACUCAACAGUACGGCCGGUCCAAGUGGAUCAUGGGGCACGUAGCAAAGAAAAAUAAAGUGAAUAUGGAGCUCGACACAGACAACAUCCUCACAGAACUACAAAGAGCUCUUCAAAAUAAACCCAAAAAGACGUGCAUCGUGAGAAUGGUCGGGACGAGGAACCUGUGGAAGAAUAUCGUUGUGCUCUGCGUCAACUCGCUAACGGGUUAUGGGAUCCACCACUGCUUCGCUCGCAGCAUGAUGUACCACGAUGGCCAGGAAACCACCAUUUUCCAGAACUUCUAUGCAGAAUAUUACACGAUGGCGACCAUCGCCGUGGCGUCGUGCAUUGCUCUGUGUCCGGCGGUCAGCCUGAUGGGCCGGCGCGGAGGUCUCCUCAUGUUUAUGAUCAUCACUGCCCUGGCAUCGCUGCUGCAGCUGGGUCUGCUCAACCUGCUGGGGAAAUACAGCGACCACCUGAAAAUAGACAGCUCAGCUGUGCUGAACAGGAACUUCUCCAUCGCCUUCUCCAUCAUUGGCAUGUUCUCCUCCCACGCAGUCAGCAACCUGAGCAUCUUCUUCUGUGCUGAAAUCACCCCCACCGUGAUCAGGGGUGGUGGCCUGGGCCUGGUGCUAGCCAGUGCCGGCUUCGGCAUGCUGACUGCACCCAUCAUGGAGCUCCACAACCAGAAGGGCUAUUUCCUCCAUCACAUUAUAUUCGCCUGCUGCACUCUCAUCUGCAUCAUCUGCAUCCUGCUGCUGCCCGAGACGCGCGACUACCCCCUCCCGGAGACCCUGGCCGACGGCGAGAGCUACACGCGCCAGCCCCUGCUCCCCCCGAGGAAACCCGGGGAGCAGCGCCUCUUGCUGCCCCAGUCUGAGAGCAACAGGGACUACACACGGGUGCACGACACGCCACUCCACGAGACAGCCGCCGGCGCCGCCUCCACCAUGGAUUCCACCGCCUCUUCCGCCGUGGACCUGACCGCUCCGUCGCUCGCGGACGUGACUGCGCCCAUGUUGAUGGAGAUGCGCCCUGGCAAGCCUCUUUCCAAAGACACCAACGGCCACUCGGUUACCCCCUCGUCCGCGACUCCAGUCAGACCGCCGGGCAAAGGUGCAAUCACGCAAAGUAAAGACCACCUGCUGUCUUCCACCCCCUUACACAAAGUCCCGUGCGACACACACCCUCUUUUAGUCGGCGAGGAGGAACGUCCUGCAAUAGUCCUGGAGUCGGUUGAGCCGCUGAUGGACGCUGCCGUUCCCGAAGAGAAUGACAUUGGCCCAUCGCCCACAAGAGAGGCAGACGCUACCCCUCCCGCUUCCCUGGACUCCCCGACUCCCCCCAGCCCCCAAACUGUGCCCGCCUCAUUGUUGAUCUGCACCACACCCAUCAUCGAGCCCCCGCCGAGCACCACCUUAGAGUCCCCUAACCCACCGGUUAAUGACGUGGGGCCGAUCGCCCCGAAACCCGACCCAGCGACGCUAGGGGACGCUGACGCCACUUUGGCAGACUCCCCCACUCCGUCUAUGGGUGACGGACCCCCUCCAUCCCCUGCUCCUGUGACGGACUCUGAGGUUUCCACUCACCCAUCACCCUUCAUUUCUCCACACCCUGACAUUCCUAUCGCACCAGAAAUAGUAGAUGAGUCUGCAUCUACUCCUACUAUUAGAGACUCCCCCGUACCUGCUGUCAUAGACUCCCAGCUUCCUCUCUUAGAUGUUAAAGAUAGAUCUAGUUCCUCUACUCCCCUUAGCCCGGUUUCACCUCCGCCCGUUGACUCUGGCCCUCUUCCCUCGGAGGAGUCUUCCACUCCCCGUGUCACGCACACCGCAUCCUCUCCUAUCAUCCUCCCCGUCACAGACAUUUUACCAGAAUCAGCCGCUUCCCUCGCCUUGGAUUCAGCACCAAGUUCCGUCAUGGAUCCAGGCUCCACAGAAGCAGCUCCCCCCUCUCUAAUGGACUACACGGUGUCCUCCCCCAUAGACUCUGGCGUCCUCUCUGUCAGGGACGUUGCCAGCACAGAAAACGCCAUCAACGGCAUGGCGUCGUCAUGAUCCAGUGCCGCAGCGGGGGGGAAAUCAAGCUUUAAGCGUCGCAACUGGAAGACAGAGAGACGAUGGGGAGGGGAGGGGAGGGGAUGGGGGUACUUCAGGCACUCGACAAAGACCGUUCCCACCUGGAGUUGAGUAGACAUUUUCUAACAGAGUACGUUUCUCAAAGCCCCCUUCCCUUCUUUUGUGCAUUUAGCCAACGAACCAGACCACGCGAAAGCGAAACAGCGCCACGUGCUGGUUUGUGACGGUGUGACUGCUGCUCUUCAUGAAUGUCACCGGGAAAUCACCAGCGUAUAAACGACACCGAUGUGAGCGGACGGGAGGUCACUGUCUGUCAUUUUUAAAGAGACUUUAAACUAUGCCCCACGAUCACCGAGACGUGUCGUCAAGCGCCUGUGAAGAAAGGAAUGCGGGAAAAAAAAAGAAAAUAAAACACAAAAAAACACCCCUAUUUUGCUCAAAUAAAAUGUCCGUCUAACAUAUUUGUAUUGGAAAGAAAAUGUCGCCUUAUCUGUAUGGACGAGUGAGUCUGAAUGUUACAGAGUUAUAGAGGAAUACAACCCAAAUUGGAGCGUUUCUGCUAAAAACAAUGCCAAAAAACUACUGGAGUUAAGUGUAGACAUAGUGCCAAAAACAUUAGUGGAGAUGCAGUAUUUGCCUGAUUGGGGGAAAAUAUUGCGUAGUGCUGUCCCCUGCCAUAGACUGUGUUCGACUGAAGUGAAUCAGAUAGAUCCCAAUUCAAAUUUCUGAAAUACACAAGAGAACUAAAAGAUGCCUCUGCGUUCGAUGAAUUGGAAGUGAGAGACGAGCUUUAGGAAACAUGAGGUUCGAGCAGAGAUAUUAGUGAGAAGAACGACCCACAUUUUGUUGGUCUGAAGAAACUUUUAUUUUUCCAAUCGUUUCAACCAAUUAAAAAUUAGCGUAUGCAAAUGCUUUUUUUUUUCUUUUUUUUGUAAAUGUGAAAAAUGUAGAUUGAUAAUAAGCUGUGGAACUUGAUUCAGUUUCUUUUAUUUUAAUAAUUUAAAAAAAAAAAAUAACAAAGUAUUAUUUUGAAUAAUCUCCCAUGGCGUGCCCUUAUUGUACAAAGCUAUACUUCAUUCUUACAGUAUUUGUGGCACCUCUGUGUGGUGGCACUUUAUUAUUAUUAUUAUUAUUACUAUUAUUUUAUUUAGUUUUUUUUUUUGCAGUGGGGGACAAAGCAUGAAAAUUGUGAACGUGUCAACAAAUCUAUCAUGUCUUUAAAGAGAAAAAAAAAAGAAAAAUUGAAAUUUGUGACAAGAUGUUCGACGUGAUUGCGACCACGUCACUAACCUUCGGUGUGUUUUUCCAAAUUGUAUCCUGGCGUUAACUUCAGUGUGCCAGCGUAUUCAUGAAUCCACACGCACAACAACUAAGUUUACCUUACGCAAUACAUUUAUCAAAAAAUAAAAAUAAUAAUAAUAAAGAAAAACAAAAAAAACAACAAAAUAAAACACAAAACAAAAAAAAACAGGUCACAUCCUCAUGGAAAGUUUAACCUAUUGAUAUUCUGAAAUUGAUGGACUCUCUUUUAAGGAAGCACUUUUAUCUUCCCAAGCCCACGUCCGCGCGUGGACGGCGUUAUACUUGACUUAAAUGUGUGUGUAACUUGACAGCUGUGGUGCGUUUGCAAUAUUUGUCUGAAGAAGGACGUGUGAUUAUGGAUGUACCACUGUUUACAACAAUCCUCGUAAUAACGAUCUUAAAUGAUGAUGAUAAUAAUAACUACGCUGUACUGUAAAACUUUAGAGCCAACUUGAGUGAUGUGUUGCCAUUUCAAAUGUGAUAAAAACUCUCACAAUGUGUCGUGUAUUACAGGGAGUAUUUGUGAUCUAUUAAGGGUGUCUUUCGGGAGUCAAAAACAACACCGGACUCAGACGUGAGAUUUUCUGUGGUACAGUAGAUGAGGACUUUGUUACAGGUACUUUACUCACCAGAGUUCAGUUCUGCUUUACGGCUGCAUAUCCAGAGGUAUUCGAACGUUGAGCGAACACACCUGCUGUUGUUUUUUUCUUCCCUCGAAUGCAGCUUGAACCUGAUUAGGAGAAGUCCAUUUUAAUUCAGGGUGAUCUUUUAACUGAUCAUCAAACCACUAUCAUUAUUAUUAUUAUUAUUAUUAUUAUUUGUGAAAUAUCCAUAUGAUCAUCUAAUGUCUGCUGCUACGCAUCAAAGCACAACGACCUGCGACCAUACAAUGUCAGAUUUAGUGGAUCUUGGCAUCUUGACAGGAAAAAAAAAAUAAAUUAAAAAAAAAAAAGGGAGUGGAGUCUUGAAUACAAUAGAGAAAGUACUAGUUACACAUUAAUCUUUGCAAUAGACCCAUGAGGAGGAGCUUAAAUUGUGAGGGAAAAAAAAAAAAAAAAGAAGCAAAGAAAGAAAAAAAAGCAGACUCAGGUCCUGACAUGACACUGGAGUUAGUGAGGAAUUCUUGGCAGCUGCAGCAGAGCGUGGGUUGACUGCAGUGGUCAGCGACUUCACAUUUAUCUCUCGUCGUCUGUGACUGUCACUUUCUCUGCCCGGGCAGAUAUCGAGCCGUGCAUCCCUGAAACUCAUGCAACACCAGUGUAAAGUUAACGACACAGCACAACGCGAACAUCUUUUUUUUUUUUUUUUAAACUGAGAUCUGUUGCUUCCACUCUCUCCCACGCAGCCCGUUCACGGUGCUGGUGGGAGCCGUGACCUGUUUUGGUGAGGUUUGGCUUUAUUCAAUUUAAAAGUCCAAAUAAUAAAAAAAAAGUCAAAGCAAUCCAAAACAACGUUAGCACAAGCGUAGACUGACUCAGAAGGAUGGGUUAUGCCUUUGUAAAUAGUACGUGUGUGGAGACAUCCAGUUUCAAUGAGAUGAAGGAUCGUGGAUAUUAGCAUGGACUGGUGACACUUAAUCAGAGACGUGAAGUCCCCAUAGUACACAUUUCAGGUUUUGCUUCUCUCAGCCGUGCGACUCCGAAUCUCUUCGAGGAGGGAUUGGAAUGAAUGUAAAAAACCAUGGAUUGUACCAUUUGUAAGUUCAAAUUGUUUGGGUUCAUUAUGUUUUUAUUUUAUUGUAUUCCUUUAACAGACAUAAUGCACUUGUAUAUAAGCCAUACCUGUUGUUAAAAUAAACCACUAUUUAUUGAUCAGA